AUGCCUUCUUCAAAGGGAAAGCCAACAGAUCCUAAGCUCCGUGAGGAGGUUACCGAGAAGGUGAAGAAUGAAACGAACAAGGAUGGUGGCGGCAAGGGUCAAUGGAGCGCUUGGAAGGCAGUCAAACUCUCUAAAGAGUACGAGAAGAAGGGAGGUGGAUAUGAAAACGAGUCUGGGUCCAAGAACGAACCCGAGAAAGGCGCCCCGCAAGCAAAAUCCCCAAGCAAAAAGAAAUCAGAAGAGAAAGCACCGGAAAAGUCUAAGAGUGCCUCGCCCAGCGAGGUGAAGGAGAAGGAGGCCCCUGCGAGCGCGCAGAAGCCCAAAGCCAACACCAAAGCCAAGAAGGAUUCACCCAGUAUUGCGAAAAAGAGUGGAGCGAAGAGCGGCGCGGCUAAGAAGGAUGGCCCUCUGAAGGGGAAGGGGAGGGAGAGGACUGAGGGGACGAGGAAAUCCUCCCGUAUUGCUGAUAGUGGGAAGAGGAAGACGUACGGCGAAGAUGAGGAUCAAGAGUCGACGAAAAAGAAAAGGAAGACGAAGUCGUGAUUUCGCUGCCCUAG